UUGUGCACCCACGCUGACUCGACUCUCUAUAUACAGCAAUCGCGCAAUCAACGACGUACAGAAAAAUUAUCAACAAAAUGGAUUCCGACAGCGAAGUUUCCAGCGAUUUAUUUUCUGAAUCAUUGGGAUCAUCAUCGGGCGAUGAUAUCACUGAAGAGGAAGUAGGAGAAGUCGGGGGAGUCCGUGCUAUGCAGCCGUACAUGUACGAGCCAGAACGUGGCUCCGAUAGCGACAGUGAUAAUGAUGUUCCCCCAGCAGUGCGGGACGACGACGACGACGUUGAAAACAGACUGGGAAACUCCCAAUGGUGCCUGUGUGGAUGCUGUGUGGCAAUGCCAACAGUCAAGGAGAGCAUUUGCUGCAAGGAGGUCGAAAGGGUUGUUGCCAAGAUGGAUGAAUUUGUCUUGGAUGUCGAUUGUAUAACCGAGCACCCAGGUUUUUCGGCAGUAUGCCUUAAUUUAUGGGUUUUGGAAACCGCAUUGUGGGAAUACAAUCAGGCCUAUAAUCCACCGGAGCAGGAGGUAACUCAAAAUCAAAAAAAUCGUCAUGCUGCCUACAGACAGUUGGUACGCUGGAUAUGGCACUUCUUGGGGAAGGAAGUGAGAGUGCCAUUGCCGUCCUGUGCGGUGAACAGGAUCCGGCAAGCCUUUCCAUCAGACGUUUACAAAGGUUUUAAAGAAAUUGAGUAGUUUAAUUUUAACAAACCAAAGGCAAACAUGUCACUACACUGUACAUAUGUAGAUUGAAACAAAAUAAGAAACUUAAUAA